UUAGGACGGAACUGCCGAACUAUGAUAGUUUCCGGGUUACCGCCGGUUCUACGCAAGGCUGUACAUCUUGCUCAGAGCUUCAGUCGGUGUCGCGUGACACGUGAUAUUUGGAAGUCCGAUCAGUGUCGAACGUUUAGCAAAAUGCCGGAACAGAUUGACAGCAACGGUAAUAAGAAGCCGCGACCAAAAACAGAACGGAUCCCGAAGAUCACGCUCUUGUCGCUGGACAACUCUACCACUGUGACCGUGCUGGAAAUGGCUCAGCGUUUGGCGAAACGACGCAACCUUACCCUCAUUAAGGUCAGCGAUUUCGAAAGUAAAACGCAGCGACCGCUCUAUAAGUUAGUGAACAACACCAACAUUCUGAAGGAGACCAAAGAGGAUACUCAGGACAUCGACAAGGCCGCGCAGAAGUCAAGCAAGGGCGCUAAAUUAUUCUAUAUAUCCGCGAAGAUCACUGAACAUGACCUAGGGACGAAGACGAAGAGCAUAAUGAAAUUGUUGAAAAAGGGCCACAAAGUCAAAGUUGCCAUCACUAUGGACGGUGCCGACGGGGGGGGUAAGGAGUCAGGGUCAGGAGUGCAAAGAGUCAUCGAGGAUGUUGCAAGAAAUGAUGGCAGUAUCAAGCAAAUGCCAUCAAAGAAGAACGUAAUUUUACUCUUAAUAACUCCUUCACAUAAUGAAGAUGUUUCUGUAAAUAAAGAUGAGACUGACAACUCCAAUAUAGCUAAUAAUGAAAGAGGUACCUGAGAUUUGUUGAAUGAUAUAAAUAUAGACAGAUGAAAUGAAAAUUUAUCGCUGUUGAC